UAGGAUAAGUCACGCAUUUUUGUGUCACAUGUGUUGCUGUUGUCAUCUUCAUCAUCCAUUCAUUGACCACCGUCAGCAAAAUCAUUAAAUUUUUGUAUCUCGUAAUAAAUCCAUGUUAGUGAAGGUAGUCACGUUAACGGGUGAAGAGCGUAUGAUAGAAGUCCAACCAUCAGACAAAAUCUUGACAAUCAAAGAAAAGCUAGAAGAGAAAGAGGGUAUACCACCUGAACAACAGAGAUUGAUAUUCCAGGGGAAACAGCUAAGAGACGACAAGACAGUCAACAGUUAUAAAUUAAAAGGUGGAACUAUGCUUCAUUUGGUCGUGGCACUCAGAGGAGGCUUGGGCCCUUAAGAUCGAACUUAAGACUGUUUUCAUCACCUAUGAUGUAG